UCUCUCUCUAUAUAUAUGUGUGUAUAUAUAUCUAUAUAUAGUCCCAUCCAUCCUUUCCACUGUACUGCAAAAAGAAAAAGGUUGUGACACCACAGCUGCCAAAGCUUGAGUCAUUUUCUAGCCUUCUUUUCCGUUUUGCUUUCUCUGAAUCCAAACGCUCUGGGAAUCAGACCAGAUAUUUGAAAGACAAAACAGAGAAGCUUGGUGGGUUUUGUUGGUUUUUUUUUUAAUAUUUUUUGUAUUGGUGGAAGGAGGAGGAAGAGAGAAAUGGGGGAGAAAGAUGAUGGGUUGGGGCUUGGGCUUGGGCUGGGGUUGAGCUUGAGCUUGGGAUGUGGUGGGAAUCUGCAGACUUCUGUGAAAAUGAAUCCCAUGCAAAACAAGCAGCCGCCUUCACAGAUGGUGCAAAAUCAUGACAAGAAGAGUUCUCCUUGGAAUGAGAUGUUUCAGUUUCCUGAUCGAAACCCAGAUGCGAGGCCGUUGCUGGGAGGAGUGGACGUGAACCGGCUGCCGUCGAUGGCGGAUUGCGAGGAUGAAAAUGGGGUUUCUUCACCGAACAGCACGGUUUCGAGCUUGAGCGGGAAGAGGAGCGAGAGAGAUGCAAACGGCGACGAGAACGACGCCGAGAGGACCUCGUGCUCUCGCGGCAGCGACGACGAAGAUGGCGGCGGCGGCGACGCUUGCCGGAAGAAGCUCCGGCUGUCCAAGGAGCAGUCUCUGGUGCUGGAGGAGACCUUUAAGGAGCACAAUACUCUCAACCCGAAGCAAAAGCUGGCGUUGGCAAAGCAGCUGAACCUGAGCCCGAGACAAGUGGAGGUGUGGUUCCAGAACAGAAGGGCAAGGACCAAGUUGAAGCAAACGGAGGUGGAUUGUGAGUACUUGAAGAGGUGUUGUGAGAACCUAACAGACGAGAACAGGCGGCUGCAGAAGGAGGUGCAGGAGCUUAGAGCACUGAAGCUCUCACCACAGCUCUACAUGCACAUGAACCCUCCCACCACGCUCACCAUGUGCCCUUCGUGCGAGCGUGUGGCCGUCUCAUCCUCCUCGUCCUCCUCCGCUGCCACUUCCUCUGCGGUCGCUCCAACCGGCUCAAUCCGCCACCCAAUGGUCCCCAAUGUCCAACGGCCUGUACCCAUCAACCCGUGGGCGACGUUACCGAUCCACCAUCGAUCGUUUGAUGCCCCAGCUCCGCGGUCGUAAUUGUGGGCUCGAGUAAGGGCAUUGUGGGAAUUAGGAUGAAAUGGGAUAUAAUGGUUGUUAGGAGAUGAUUUUAUAAGUCAAUUAAGGCUUGGGAUAUCUGUUUUCUUGAGUCAAGUCUUAGAUAGAGUUGGAUAUGAAGUCAAGUCUAGAUAGAGAAAAAAAAAAAAAAAAAAAAAGGUUGUAUGCAGUGGACAAGAAAGAGGCAAGUUGGAUGACUUGAACUACAAUAAAGAGGAAUCUAAAGUCUCUUUUGAUUA